UUUCCAAAUAGGAUCAAUGGUAGGCUCAUAUUAGAUGGUUUAUAAAUAGAUCCUUUAACUAUCAUUCGCUCUACAUACCAAAACAAUGGGUUCAUUAACCAUCAAGAAAGUAUUUUCCCAGCUUCUCACCACGUUUGUCUUGUUCAUGUUCAGUUUGGUUUCAUUACCAGAAGCUGCAUUUUCUUCUAAUUCUUCCAUAGAAGUUACUGCUCUUCUUACAUGGAAAAACAGCCUUCAAAACGAAUCCCAAUCUCAAUUAUCUUCAUGGACUUCAGUUGCUUCUUCCAAUCUAAACCAAAUUAGGAAUCCGUGCAUGAGUUGGCUUGGUAUUUCAUGCAACUUUGCGGGAAGUGUCAUCCGAAUAAACCUUACCAACUCGAGCUUACAAGGUACGCUUCAAGAAUUUUCCUUUCGGUCAUUUCCAAAUCUUGCCUAUGUUGAUCUUUCUAAGAAUGCUCUUUUUGGGACCAUUCCACCUCAAAUUAGCUACCUGUCAAAACUCAAAUAUCUUGAAUUGUCGUUUAAUAAGUUUUCAGGUAAAAUCCCACCAGAAAUUGGCCUGCUAACAAAUCUUGAAGUCCUCUGCCUUGUUCAUAAUAAAUUGAAUGGCUCGAUUCCUAAAGAAAUGGGGCGUCUAAACUUUCUAACUGAGCUUGCUCUUUUCAAAAACCAUUUAGACGGUUCCAUCCCUUCUUCUUUAAGUAAUUUGAGCAACUUAGUUAGGUUGUUUCUGUAUGAAAAUGAACUUUCUGGUUUCAUUCCUCCAGAAAUGGGAAACCUCUCAAAUUUGGUCAAACUUUCCAUUAAUACCAACCACUUGACAGGUCCAAUCCCUCCCACCUUUGGGAACUUGAAAAAGCUAACCACCUUGCAUAUGUUUGAUAAUUUACUUUUUGGUCAUAUACCUCAAAACAUUGGAAGUUUGAAGUCCCUUGAAAACUUAAGCUUGUUUCGAAACAAUCUUUCCGGUUCAAUUCCGACUUCAUUAGGAGACUUGGAAAAUCUUACACUUCUUCAUCUCUCUGGAAACAACCUUUCCGGAUCCAUUCCUCCAGAACUAGGAAAUUUGAGUUCCAUCAUCGAUCUACAAUUGAGUGAAAACCAGCUACAUGGUCCUUUUCCAACUUCAUUUGCUAAUUUGAGCAACUUGAAAUCUUUAUUCCUUCGUGAUAAUGACCUUUCUGGUCCCAUUCCACAAGGAAUAGGAGAUCUCAUUAACUUGGUUACUCUUCAACUUGACACAAAUCAAUUUAUUGGUCAUUUGCCAAAAAACAUUUGCCAUAGUGGAUCACUUGAGAACUUUUCUGCAAGCGACAACCAUUUGGUUGGUCAAGUCCCUAAAAGCUUCAAAAAUUGUACAAGCUUAGUAAGAGUCCACUUGGAAGGUAACCAACUUGUUGGAGAUAUAUCUGAUGACUUUGGUGUCUAUCCAAACUUGACAUUUAUAGAUCUAAGCGACAAUGGAUUUUAUGGUGAAAUCUCAAGUAAUUGGGGAGACUGUCAUCAAUUACGGACCCUACUAGUUGGUAGGAACAAUAUUACUGGUAGCAUACCACCUGAGAUUGGAAACUGGACUCGGCUUGGUGAACUUGAUCUUUCUUCAAAUCAUAUAGUUGGAAUGAUUCCAAAAGAAUUCGGGAGGUUGAUUUCUUUAGAGCGAUUGAGAAUGAAUGGCAAUCAACUCUCUGGUGCUAUACCUUUUGAAUUUGGAUCAUUGGCAAAUCUUGAAUAUCUUGACUUGUCCUCAAACAAGCUGAGUAAGUCAAUUCCAAGAAAUUUUGGGGACUUUGUGAAAUUGAUCGUCUUGAAUUUAAGCCACAACAAUUUUAGCGAAGGGAUUCCAGCCCACCUCCUAACCUUAUCCCAUAUCUCCAAAUUAGAUAUAAGUUAUAACUUUUUAAAUGGAGAGAUACCAAUGGAAAUUAAGAAAUUGGAGAGCAUAGUGAUCUUAAAUCUCUCCCACAAUUCUCUUUCUGGCUUCAUUCCGAAAGCAUUCGAACAAAUGCAUGGCUUGAUGUAUGUUGACAUAUCCUACAAUGAGUUGCAGGGUCCCAUUCCCAAUAGCAACGCAUUUCUAUAUGCUCCCGUAGAAGCAUUACAAGGGAACAAGGGAUUGUGCGGUAAUGUUACUGGACUAGAACCUUGCAAUGCUUCCAUUAUAUACAGACAUAGCUCCAAAAGGGGACACAAAGUCGUGCUUCUUCUCGUUUUCUCACUUUUAGGAGUAGUUUUUGUUCUACUUUCUUUCUUUGGGUUUAUUCUCUUUAUGCAAAGAAGAAAGACAGAUCUAAAAUCCAAACAAAGCAAGACCGAGGGCCAAGUAUCGUUUCUUUCAAUAUUACAUUUCAAUGGAAGAACAUUGUAUGAUGAAAUCAUAAAAGUGACCAAUGGUUUUGAUGCUCUAUACUGCAUUGGGAACGGAGGACAUGGAACUGUCUAUAAAGCAGAGCUAAGUUCAGGUGACAUUGUAGCUGUGAAGAAAUUCAAUCAACCACUGCAUGAUGCUAGUGAGAGUAGAUUUCAAAAGGAGUUCUUGAAUGAGAUAAGGGCAUUGAUGGACAUACGACAUCGAAACAUUGUUAAACUUUAUGGUUUUUGUUCCCAUGUGCAACAUUCCUUUUUGGUUUGUGAGUAUCUAGAGAGGGGUAGCUUGUCCCUAAUCUUGGGCAACGAAGAUGCUGCGAAAGUAUUGGGUUGGAGUAAGAGAUUGAAUAUUGUUAAAGGUGUGGCAUAUGCCUUGUCCUACAUGCACCAUGAUUGCUCCCCUCCGAUUAUUCAUCGUGACAUAUCAAGUAGCAACAUCUUGCUGGAUUCUCAAUUUGACGCUCACGUUUCAGACUUUGGCACUGCUAAGCUUUUGGAGCUAGACAAAUCCAAUUGGACUUCCCUUGCAGGCACUUACGGAUAUAUUGCACCAGAGCUUGCUUACACAAUGAAGGUAACUGAAAAAUGUGAUGUGUAUAGUUUUGGGGUAUUGGCUAUCGAAGUCAUUAGAGGAAAGCAUCCAAGUGAUUUCAUCUCCACACUAUCAAUGCCGUUAGCUUUGGAGAACAUACAGUUGAAAGAUAUGUUGGACCAACGGCUUCCAUUUCCAACAGCUCAAGUUGAAAAUGAACUUAAAAUAGUUAUACAGCUUGCCAUGAAAUGCUUAAAUGUCUAUCCCCAAUCAAGGCCGACCAUGCACAUGAUUUCUCAAGUGUUAUUGACUGAUACUGCAAAUUCCUAGUGCCAUCCAGAUGUGCAUUGCCAACAUGAAAGCUGAGAAUUGAAGGUUAUAGACUAUCGAGAUAAUAGUUAGUGAGCAUAAGUGCUAAAAUCAUGUGUUAGUCUAAGAUAAUUAUUAGAGCAUUUUCUUUCCAUCCCAAGUAUUUAUGUGUAACUUUAGUUUUCAGUACGUUGUAUGAGUGUUAACGUAUCUUUUUUUUUUUUUUUAUCAUCUCAUGUCCUUCAAUUUAAUUCCAGCUAUAUUAAUCAAUCAAAGUGUCUUUUGGGAGUAUAAAUGUUUGAAGUUU